CGCUCGGCGGCGCGCAUGUGUGUGUGUGCAGGCUGCCAGGCGGCCCCGAGCCGGCGGGGAGCCAGUCCGCUCCAGGUGGCGGGCGGCUGGAGCGAGGGAGCGGACAUGGACUUCGACUCCUACCAGCACUAUUUCUACGACUAUGACUGCGGGGAGGAUUUCUACCGCUCCACGGCGCCCAGCGAGGACAUCUGGAAGAAAUUCGAGCUGGUGCCGUCGCCCCCCACGUCGCCGCCUUGGGGCUCCGAUCUCGGCGCCGCCGGGGACCCAACCUCCGGGGCUGGUCCUCCGGAGCCGUGGCCCGGAGGGGACGAAGCGGAAUGUCGGGGUCAUUCGAAAGCUUGGGGCAGGAACUACGCUUCCAUCAUCCGCCGUGACUGCAUGUGGAGCGGCUUCUCCGCCCGGGAACGGCUGGAGAGAGUGGUGAGCGACCGGCUCACCCCUGGCGUGCCGCGGGGGAACCCGCCCAAGGCACCCGCCACCCCGGACUGCACUCCCAGCCUAGAAGCCAGCACCCCGGCGCCUGCCACCCCCUGUCAGCUGAGCGAGCCCAAACCCCAGGCCUGCUCGGGGUCUGAGAGCCCCAGCGAUUCGGAGGGUGAAGAAAUCGACGUCGUGACGGUGGAGAAGAGACAGUCUCUGAGUCUACGGAAGCCAGUCACCAUCACUGUGCGAGCAGACCCCCUGGACCCCUGCAUGAAACGCUUCCAUAUAUCCAUCCAUCAGCAGCAGCACAACUAUGCGGCUCGUUUCCCCCCAGAAAGUUGCUCCCAGGAAGAGGCUCCAGAGAGAGAUCCCCAGGAAGAGACUUUGGAAAAAGACACCCCCGAGGAAAAGGAGGAUGAAGAAGAUGAAGAAAUCGUGAGCCCUGAACCUGUAGAAAGUGAGACUCCUCAGUCCUGCCAUCCCAAACCUGUCAGUUCUGAUACUGAGGAUGUGACCAAGAGGAAGAACCAUAACUUCUUGGAGCGCAAAAGGCGGAAUGACCUUCGCUCAAGGUUCUUGGCAUUGAGGGACCAGGUUCCUACCCUGGCCAGCUGCUCCAAGGCCCCCAAAGUAGUGAUCUUAAGCAAGGCCUUGGAAUACUUACAAGCCCUGGUUGGAGCUGAGAAGAGGAUGGCUACCGAGAAAAGGCAGCUCCGGUGCCGGCAGCAGCAACUGCAGAAAAGAAUCGCAUACCUCAGUGGCUACUAACUGAUCAAAAAGCCUGACUCUUUUGUCUUACAAAGACACGCGUUUAUUUUUUAACCUCCCUUUCCCCUCUAGUAAUUUGCACAUUUUGGUUCCAGGCUCGAUGGUCUGAACAGUAGGUCCCAGAAUGCAUUGCAGCCGGUGCACACACAAUAAGGGCUUGCAUUCUUGGAAACCCUGAAACCGAGCUCUCCCUCCUCCCUCACCAAUGGGGAGUGCUGUGUCCUCCCUGGCGCCUCUGGCUUUCUCAGCAGGCAGCUGACUGAGGAGUCUUGAGGUCUGCCUAGCUCACUAGCUCUGAAGAAAAGGCUGACAGAUGCUAUGCAACAGGUGGUGGACGUUGUCAGGGGCUCCAGCCUGCAUGAAAUCUCACACUCGGCAGGCUCUUUGGGCUAGGAAAGGAUGCUCCCACUGCUGUCUCUGGGGGUGACACAAGGACAGCUGGGCCUGGAUGCUCUCUGAGGCUCCUUUUUCCAAGAGACACACGAGCUGUCCUGAGUGAAGACUAGCUCACAGACUUGAUCAACAAUGGACCAUUACCUCACUGUCAGACACUUUACAGUAGCUGAGGAGUGGAAACUUUAUAUAAUAUAUGUGUGUGUGUGUAUAUAUAUAUAUAUAUAUCCAUAUACAUAUAUAUAUAUAUAAAUAUAUAUAAAAUGAUGUUGGGCAACACCUCUCCCAUUCUUCCUCAAUGCUGCCACCUUGAGAACAUUUAAAGAGCCUGGCCUCUGAGUUCUUCAAGUCAGAGCGCAUAGGGCCCUUUCCUCUGAGAGAGGGACCUUUCCACCCCCACAAGGGACGUUUUUUUUUUGUUGUUUGUUUCAUUCUGCCUUUGUUAUGCAAUGGGCUCUACUGCAUCCUUACCCACAGGUCAGAAAUGUUUCCCCAAAACACAGGGAAAAUCGGUCCUAGCCCGAGACCCGAGGAAGGCUUGGAGUCCUGACUCUUGAACUUGUUCCUUACCCAGUUAUUUCCCCAGGGCCAUUUAAGGCCCAUCUUGGAAUCUUAAGGCAGGGAGGUGUAAGGCAUCUCAGAAGGAAGCUCUGUACCAUUUCCUCUUUCUUACCUGCCUCUUGUCUCCGUCCUUGACUCUAUUUGAAAUUCUACUGGAACCAUGCAAACCUGUCCUCACCAUGCAACUCCAAGAAGCUUGCUGGCUCUGCAAGCCACCAGCCUGGUUCUCUACCAGGGUGAUAUGAGUCAGAUCCCUUUCCCAGAACCUGGGCCUUACUAAGGUGCUAGGCAGAGCUUUUGGA